GUUUCCUGAAGUUGUCGCUUUAUUCCGGAGCCCGGCCCGCGAACCGGUCAGAUCGGCGAGGCCGCCUUGCCCGGGAGAAGUCGGAGUUGGGGUGCUAAGCGGGGAGGUGCCCCGAGACCGAGAGCGGCUUCAUCCUCCUUCUCUUUGCUCGCCCCUCGCCUUCCCGGAGCGCCGCGGGUAUCGGACUUGUACUAAAGAAGAGGAGGAAGGGUUGGGGUCGCCAGCGUCUCCCCUCCCCGGCGGAUACCGCUCCGGGCCGGAGCCGCGUAGACAGCCUCCCGGGACGUAGCCACGGGGUACGGGACCUCACCAGGAUUAUAAAACUGUUCGGAAGACCAACCCCACGAAGAAAAGGCUGGUUGCCAUGUGGGGACUACUGAUCUGGACUCUGCUGGCCCUGCACCAGAUCCGCGCGACCGGAGCCCAAGAUGACGUGGCCCCCUACUUCAAGACGGAGCCGGUGCGAACACAGGUGCACCUGGAGGGGAAUCGCCUGGUACUCACGUGCAUGGCCGAGGGCAGCUGGCCACUGGAGUUCAAGUGGCUCCACAACGACAGGGAGCUGACCAAGUUCUCUCUGGAGUACAGGUACAUGAUCACCAGCCUGGACCGCACCCACGCCGGCUUCUACCGCUGCAUCGUGCGUAAUCGGAUGGGCGCUCUGCUGCAGCGGCAAACCGAGGUCCAGGUGGCCUACAUGGGGAGCUUUGAGGAGAGUGAGAAGCACCAGAGCGUCUCCCAUGGAGAAGCAGCCGUCAUCCGCGCCCCACGCAUCGCCAGCUUCCCACGGCCGCAGGUGACCUGGUUCCGGGAAGGCCGCAAGAUCCCACCCAGCAGCCGCAUAGCCAUCACCCUGGAGAACACCCUUGUCAUCCUGUCAACAGUGGCUCCGGAUGCAGGCCGCUACUACGUGCAAGCAGUUAAUGACAAGAACGGGGAUAACAAGACCAGCCAGCCCAUCAUUCUCGCCGUGGAGAAUGUAGGGGGCCCCGCAGACCCCAUUGCUCCAACCAUCAUCAUUCCUCCCAAGAACACCAGCGUGGUGGCCGGGACCUCGGAGGUGACCAUGGAGUGCGUGGCCAAUGCCAGGCCCCUGAUCAAGCUGCACAUCAUUUGGAAGAAGGAUGGGGUGCUGCUGUCCAGCGGCAUCAGCGACUACAACCGCCGGCUCACCAUCCCCAACCCCACGGGCAGCGACGCCGGUUACUACGAGUGUGAGGCCAUCCUUCGCAGCAGCAGUGCCCCCUCUGUCGUCCGUGGCGCCUACCUGUCUGUGCUGGAACCGCCUCAGUUUGUCAAGGAGCCAGAGAGACACAUCACAGCAGAGAUGGAGAAAGUGGUGGACGUCCCCUGUCGGGCCAAAGGUGUGCCACCACCCUCCAUCACCUGGUACAAGGACUCGGCCGUGGUGGAGGUGGGGAGGCUGAGCCGCUUCCGGCAGCGAGGCGACGGGGGCCUGCAGAUCAGCGGGCUAGUGCCCGACGACACCGGCAUGUUCCAGUGCUUCGCCCGCAACGCGGCCGGCGAGGUGCAGACCUCCACCUACCUGGCCGUCACCAGCAUCGCCCCCAACAUCACCAGGGGCCCCCUGGACAGCACGGUGAUUGAUGGCAUGUCCGUGGUGCUGGCUUGUGAGACUUCGGGGGCACCCCGGCCGGCCAUCACUUGGCAGAAAGGGGAGCGCAUCCUGGCCAGCGGCUCAGUCCAGCUGCCUCGCUUCACGCUGCUGGAAUCCGGCAGCCUGCUCGUCAGCCCCACGCACACCUCCGACGCCGGCACCUACACCUGUUUGGCCACCAACUCUCGGGGGGUCGAUGAAGCCUCGGCCGACCUGGUCGUGUGGGCCCGGACCCGCAUCACCAAGCCCCCCCAGGACCAGAGCGUCAUCAAGGGAACCCAGGCCUCCAUGAUGUGCGGAGUGACCCACGACCCCCGAGUGACUGUCAGGUACGUCUGGGAGAAGGAUGGGGCCACGCUGAGCAUGGAGGGCAACCCCCGCAUCCGUCUGGACAGAAACGGCUCCCUGCACAUCUCGCAGACGUGGUCCGGGGACAUCGGCACCUACACCUGCCGGGUGCUCUCAGCCGGAGGCAACGACUCUCGCAGUGCCCACCUGCGUGUGAGGCAGCUGCCUCAUGCCCCUGAGCACCCAGUGGCGACUCUCAGCGCUGCAGAGAGAAGGGCCAUCAACCUGACGUGGGCCAAGCCCUUUGACGGCAACAGCCCACUGAUCCGCUACGUCCUGGAGAUGUCAGAGAACAAUGCCCCCUGGACGGUGCUUCUGGCCAGUGUGGACCCCGAGGCCACCUCGGUGAUGGUCAAGGGCUUGGUUCCCGCACGUUCCUACCAGUUCCGUCUUUGUGCCGUCAACGACGUGGGGAAAGGACAGUUCAGCAAGGAAACAGAGAGGGUCUCCCUUCCUGAGGAGCCCCCCACAGCCCCUCCCCAGAAUGUCAUCGCCAGCGGCCGGACCAACCAGUCCAUCAUGAUCCAGUGGCAGCCACCUCCCGAGAGCCACCAGAAUGGCAUCCUUAAGGGCUACAUCAUCAGGUACUGCCUGGCCGGGCUGCCUGUUGGGUACCAGUUUAAGAACAUAACAGAUGCUGAUGUCAACAACCUGCUGCUGGAGGACCUCAUCAUCUGGACCAACUAUGAGAUCGAGGUGGCCGCCUACAACAGCGCCGGACUGGGCGUCUACAGCAGCAAAGUCACCGAGUGGACACUGCAGGGAGUCCCCACGGUCCCUCCGGGCAACGUGCACGCAGAAGCCACCAACUCCACGACCAUCCGCUUCACCUGGACUGCCCCCAGCCCCCAGUUCAUCAACGGCAUCAACCAGGGCUACAAGCUGAUGGCCUGGGAGCCAGAGCAGGAAGAGGAGGUUACCAUGGUGACCGCCCGGCCCAACUUUCAAGACAGCAUCCACGUGGGCUUUGUGUCGGGCCUGAAGAAGUUCACUGAGUACUUCACCUCAGUGCUGUGCUUCACCACCCCGGGCGACGGGCCUCGCAGCACCCCGCAGCUGGCACGCACCCAUGAGGACGUGCCAGGGCCCGUGGGACACCUGAGCUUCAGUGAAAUCCUGGACACCUCGCUGAAGGUCAGCUGGCAAGAGCCAGGGGAGAAGAACGGCAUCCUCACAGGAUAUCGGAUCUCCUGGGAGGAGUAUAACCGGACCAACACCCGCGUGACCCACUACCUGCCCAACAUCACCCUGGAGUACCGUGUCACGGGCCUCACCGCGCUCACCACCUACACCAUCGAGGUGGCCGCCAUGACCGCCAAGGGCCAGGGCCAGGUGUCUGCCUCAACCAUCUCCUCCGGGGUGCCUCCAGAACUCCCAGGAGCCCCCACCAACCUGGGCAUUUCCAACAUUGGCCCCCGCUCCGUGACCUUGCAGUUCAGGCCAGGUUAUGAUGGGAAGACCUCCAUCUCCCGCUGGCUAGUGGAGGCCCAGGUGGGCGUGGUCGGGGAGGGAGAGGAGUGGCUGCUGAUUCACCAGCUCCUCCACGAGCCCGACGCCCGGUCCAUGGAGGUGCCCGACCUGAACCCCUUCACCUACUACAGCUUCCGCAUGCGCCAGGUGAAUAUCGUGGGCACUAGCCCACCCAGCCAGCCUUCCAGAAAGAUCCAGACCCUCCAGGCGCCCCCGGACAUGGCCCCGGCCAACGUGACGCUGCGCACAGCAAGUGAGACCAGCCUGUGGCUCCGCUGGAUGCCUCUCCCGGAGAUGGAAUACAACGGAAACCCCGAGUCAGUGGGCUACAAGAUCAAGUACAGCCGGGCGGACGGCCAUGGCAAGACGCUGAGCCACGUGGUCCAAGACCGCGUGGAACGGGAGUACACCAUCGAGGACCUGGAGGAGUGGACGGAGUACCGCGUCCAGGUGCAGGCCUUCAACGCCAUCGGGAGUGGGCCCUGGAGCCAGAUGGUGAUGGGCAGGACCCGGGAGUCAGUGCCGUCCUCGGGCCCCACCAACGUGUCUGUGCUGGCCACCACCUCCAGCAGCAUGCUGGUUCGCUGGAGCGAAGUCCCAGAGGCCGACCGCAACGGGCUGGUGCUGGGCUACAAGGUGCUGUAUAAGGAGAAGGACUCGGACUCCCAGCCCCGGUUCUGGCUGGUGGAAGGGAACUCGUCACGCAGCGCCCAGCUCACAGGCCUGGGCAAAUACGUGCUCUAUGAGGUGCAGGUGCUGGCCUUCACGCGGAUUGGGGACGGCAGCCCCAGCCAUCCUGCCAUCCUGGAGCGGACCCUGGAUGACGUCCCGGGACCACCCAUGGGCAUCCUGUUCCCCGAGGUGAGGACCACAUCGGUGCGGCUGAUCUGGCAGCCCCCCGCUGCCCCCAACGGCAUCAUUCUUGCCUACCAGAUCACACACAGGCUCAACGCCACCACGGCUAGCACUGCCACCGUGGAGGUGCUCGCGCCCAGCGCCCGCCAGUUCACGGCCACCGGCCUCAAGCCAGAGUCCGUCUACCUGUUCCGCAUCACGGCCCAGACCCGCAAGGGCUGGGGAGAGGCUGCCGAGGCCUUGGUGGUGACCACAGAGAAGAGAGACCGCCCGCAGCCCCCCAGCAAGCCCGUGGUGCAGCAGGAGAACGUGAAGGCACGCAGCGUGCUGCUGUCCUGGGAGCCCGGGAGCGACGGGCUGUCACCCGUGCGCUACUACACCAUCCAGACCCGCGAGCUGCCCAGUGGCAGGUGGGCCCUGCACUCAGCCUCUGUGAGCCACAACGCCUCCGCCUUCGUUGUGGACAGGCUCAAGCCCUUCACGUCCUACAAGUUCCGAGUGAAGGCCACCAAUGACAUUGGGGACAGCGAUUUCAGCAAGGAGUCAGAACCACUGACCACCCUGCAGGCCGCCCCUGAUGAAGCGCCCACAAUUGUCUCGGUGACACCGCACACCACCACCUCCGUGCUGAUCCGAUGGCAGCCACCGUCAGAAGACAAGAUCAACGGCAUCCUCCUGGGCUUCCGGAUCCGGUACCGGGAGCUGCUCUACGAGGGUCUGAGGGGCUUCACGUUGCGUGGCAUCAACAACCCGGGGGCCAAGUGGGCGGAGCUCACCUCCUUGUACUCCGUGCGGGACCUGAGCCGGCCCAGCCUCACACAGUACGAGCUGGACAACCUGAACAAGCACCGGCGCUACGAAAUACGCAUGAGUGUGUACAACACUGCGGGCGAGGGGCCCUCCAGCCCUCCCCAGGAGGUCUUCGUUGGGGAGGCAGUGCCCACGGCAGUGCCCCGCAACGUGGCCGUCCACGGCGCCACGGCCACGCAGCUGGAUGUGACGUGGGACCCACCCCCGCUGGAGAGCCAGAACGGAGACAUCCAGGGCUACAAGAUUUAUUUCUGGGAGGCCCAGCGACGGAACCUCACGGAGCGGGUGAAGACGCUUUUCCUGGCCGAGAACAGCGUCAAGCUCAAGAACCUGACCGGCUACACUGCCUACAUGGUCAGCGUGGCAGCCUUCAACGCCGCGGGGGACGGGCCUCGGAGUACCCCGGCCCGGGGCCAGACCCAGCAAGCAGCCCCCAGUGCUCCCAGCUCGGUCAAGUUCAGUGAGCUGACCACCACCUCAGUGAACGUGUCCUGGGAGGCUCCGCAGUUCCCCAAUGGUGUCCUGGAGGGCUACCGGCUGGUGUACGAGCCCUGCACCCCCGUGGAUGGAGUCAGUAAGAUCGUGACAGUGGACGUGAAGGACAGCAGCCCUCUGUGGCUGAAGGUGAAGGACCUGGCGGAGGGCAUGACCUACAGGUUCCGUAUCAGAGCCAAGACCUUUGCCUACGGGCCCGAGAUCGAAGCCAACGUCACCACGGGCCCCGGAGAAGGUGCCCCCGGACCGCCCGGAGUGCCCAUCAUCGUGCGGUACAGCUCGGCCAUUGCCAUCCACUGGUCCAGCGGAGACCCCGGCAAAGGCCCCAUCACCCGCUACGUCAUAGAGGCCAGACCUUCAGACGAGGGGCUCUGGGACAUCCUCAUCAAAGACAUCCCCAAGGAGGUGACAUCCUACACGUUCAGCAUGGACAUCCUCAAGCCUGGCGUGAGCUAUGACUUCCGGGUCAUCGCUGUCAACGACUACGGCUUUGGCACCCCCAGCAGCCCCUCCCAGUCUGUGCCAGCCCAGAAAGCCAACCCCUUCUACGAGGAGUGGUGGUUCUUGGUGGUCAUCGCGCUCGUUGGCCUCAUCUUCAUCUUGCUUCUGGUCUUUGUGCUCAUCAUCCGAGGCCAGAGCAAGAAGUAUGCCAAGAAGACAGACUCAGGGAACAGUGCCAAGUCUGGUGCCCUGGGCCAUGGGGAGAUGAUGAGCUUGGAUGAGAGCAGUUUUCCUGCCCUAGAACUCAACAACCGGCGGCUCUCCGUCAAGAACUCCUUCUGCCGAAAGAACGGCCUGUAUACCAGGUCUCCUCCUCGGCCCAGCCCGGGCAGCCUCCACUACUCCGACGAGGACGUCACCAAGUACAACGACCUCAUCCCAGCCGAGAGCAGCAGCCUGACCGAGAAGCCCUCGGAAAUCUCUGACUCUCAGGGAAGCGACAGCGAGUACGAAGUCGACCCGAGCCCCCAGAAGGCCCACUCUUUUGUCAACCACUACAUCAGUGACCCCACCUAUUACAACUCGUGGAGGCGGCAGCAGAAGGGGAUCUCGCGGGCCCAGGCCUACAGCUACACGGAGAGCGACCCGGGCGAAGACCCCACCGCCCUGUCCAACGGCAGCAGCGCCCAGCAGGGCAGCCUCUUCCGGCCCAAGGCCAGUCGGACCCCAACGCCCCAAAACCCCCCGAACCCCCCGAGUCAGCAGAGCACCCUCUACCGCCCCCCCAGCAGCCUCGCCCCUGGCUCCCGGGCUCCUAUAGCAGGAUUUUCAUCAUUUGUUUGAUGUCAUCCUCGUUGUCGGAAGAGGAAAAAGAAAGAAAACACAGCAGCAAACUCCCCUUCCGCCCCUCCUCGCGCCGCCUGCCAGAAAGCAGAAACACCAAGAAACCAAGUCAACUUUUCACCUCCUGAGUUUAUUUUUCCAGAGAUUCCAGGGCCAGCAAAGCCGGGGUUGAGAAGGAUGGAGAAAAACCACGAGAGGACGUGUGUGGCUUCGAGAUUGUGGGGUCUGCUGCGCCUUCGGGGGGCUGAGCAGAGUAGGGGGGCUGGCUGCGGUGGACACAAGUGGGUUGGGCCCCUGGAGAG